GCUGUCAAAAGUUCCAAAUAAUGUUCUGUGUUGCGAGCUGUGAAUUUUGUUUUUGUUUGCGUGUGUAUUUCAAUUAAAUUUUGCAAACAUGACUGAAUCAGACGGGGAAAUAGAAUAUUUAGACGAAGAUGCCGACAUCGUGGAGAAGUGCAUUCAAACCGCGCUCCCGGUGGUCCCUGAAGUGGUGUUAAAGCCGGCACUUGAAAAGCUAACCUCUAUCCCGGAUGCUACAGCAAAACCAUUGCUCGUUGAGCGGUCCUCGAAGAAAAAGCGUGUGUAUGAUAAUGCCGGAUCCGAUUACGAUCCUUCUGAGGACUUAAGGCCGGCGAAGAGACCCAACAGAUCCCGCCAAAGCCUUAAUAAGUCCGGCGGAAACAAAUCUCUUCAGGCCACCACACCGAAGGCUCAGCAACCAAAACAAGCCACCUCGAUAUCCGAGCCUAAUGCUAUUGAGCCGAAAGACAUAGAGUCACGGAGAAAACUUGACAUAAAGAUCCCGGAUUACGAGGAUCCAUUGUGUUUGCCGGUCAAGUUGGUUAAACAUGAUGGUGCAGACGUGAGAAUGCUUAGAACCUGGAAUAAGUUGUGUCUGGACCGCCUAAAGGUUGCUGAUGAGGGCCUGAGCCCCAAGUCUGGGGAGGCGGUCGGGUCAAGGAGGUCUAUUGUGCUGAGACAUGUGAAGCAUAGUCAGACUGGUAAACUAGAGCUAACAGUCUGGAACAAGACAUCGGUGGAGAACAGUGAGGGGGAGAAGAACUCGGAGGUAUUCCAGGCUGUGCUGCCGAGGUUCCGCGAGAAGACGGUGCUAGACUUCACCAUGCCACCUGCCAAGAAGAAACAGGCAAGUAUCAUACCUUCUAAAGUGCCUUCCUAA